AUGUCAACCGGCGCCAACCAUGUUCGUGAGGAACGUACGGCAGCUGCACCCGAAAUCAUCAACAAAGUCACAUCCAACAACAAUUCCACAUCAAGUUCCCUCCAACCCAACGGACACGAGCCUCGAACCGUUUACGACUUACUCUUCACCUUGUCACCUGAUGUCGACACCGGGUUGGAGAUUGUGGAGCACGAUGUUAUUCAUCCCUACUUCGCACAAGUGGACCAGGUAUUCCCUCUCGCAUGCCCCGCUUCACCGCCGCACUAUCAGAAAGAUCCCGUGAAGACCAUAGAGACCUGCACGCUGGGCACGUUGAACAUGCUCCGAUUGGCCCAAAAAGCGAAUGCUCGCUUCAUGCUUGUCUCGACGUCGGAGAUAUACGGCGAUCCGUUGGAGCAUCCUCAAAAGGAAACUUACUGGGGCAAUUGCAACCCGAUCGGACCACGAGCCUGCUACGACGAAGGCAAACGUCUCGCUGAAACGCUCACCUAUGCUUUCGCCACGGCCCGCUCCCUGCAAGUCCGUGUCGUGCGUCCCUUCAACACCUUUGGUCCGCGGAUGAAUCCCAAUGAUGGUCGAGUAGUGUCCAACUUCAUCACCCAGGCACUACGCGGCGACGACCUCACAAUCUACGGCGAGGGCGAGCAGACGCGCAGUUUCCAAUACGUGCCCGACCUCGUUGACGGGUUUGUUGCGGUAAUGGAGGGGGACUGCGCCGAGCCGAUCAAUCUAGGAAAUCCGGAGGAGUAUACAGUCCGGGAGCUGGCCGAGAUGGUAAGGCGGUCGGUGAAUGAGAAGGUGCGGAUUGUGAAUAAGGACGCGAACGUAGAUGAUCCCCAAAAACGAAAGCCGGAUAUUUCGCGGGCGAAGGAGAGGGUGGGGUGGCAGCCGAGGCAUAGCUUUAAGUAUGGGCUUGAGAAAACUGUGGAAUUCUUUUAA